ACGACCAAAAUUAUUUCCGUCGUAGUUAUUUUACGGUGAUCACGGAUGGCUCGUACGAAGCAAACUGCUCGCAAGUCAACCGGCGGUAAGGCUCCGAGGAAGCAGUUGGCAACUAAGGCUGCUAGGAAGUCGGCUCCGGCGACUGGCGGCGUGAAGAAGCCGCACCGCUUCAGGCCAGGCACGGUAGCGCUUCGCGAGAUCCGAAAGUAUCAGAAGAGCACAGAGCUCUUGAUCCGAAAGCUUCCGUUCCAGCGAUUGGUCCGUGAAAUCGCGCAGGACUUCAAGACCGAUCUCCGGUUUCAGAGCUCAGCCGUGUCGGCGCUUCAAGAAGCUGCGGAGGCUUAUCUCGUAGGACUCUUUGAGGACACCAAUCUCUGCGCCAUUCACGCCAAGCGCGUUACUAUCAUGCCUAAGGAUAUUCAACUCGCAAGGCGCAUUCGGGGCGAGCGUGCUUAAUCUUAUUGCUAGAGUUCGUGUAGAUUAUUUCUA